AUGGGCGAACCGCCAGCCCUACUGUGGGUGAAUCAAGACGCGAUCUCAAGGACUCAAUCAAAGGCAAUGCACAAGAAGGAGUUGGCAAGAAUACAACGACAUGUCCAAAACGAUGCGCAGUCAAGGAAGAAGCGCAAUCGCAGUCACUUACUUCGCUUCAAAAGUCUCUCCCUUGGUGCUCCUUUGUCCAUCAAGAAGAAUGCAUUGCCUUUAUCCCGCCUUUCAUCCACAAGUAAGACGCCAAGCGAGCCUGCAACGAUCGAGCAUGCUGAUGUUGCUAUGAGAGACCGUGCCAGCCCUUGGACGAGCCUCCGUCAUGUCGGUGGUCAAGCGGAGCAACUACUACAAGAUCUCUCCAAGCAUAGAUCUCCCAAAAGCGAAAAUCCGAUUCAGUCCCACAUGCUGCAAAAAGCGCCCAUGAAAAGCGAAGCGCCGACAUCUAGUGAAAAACGCGAGCUGCCCCAGUCGGUGAAUAAUCGUCACUCUAAUCAAUCUUCUGCAGCUUGCACGAAAAAUUCAGAGUGGUCGCCGGCAGCCGUUGCUCUACUCCAUGAGAUUCCUGCACGCAGCUACGGGCAAGAGGUAGGCCGGCAACGGCCAUCGCAACCAUCGAUCCCAGGUGCACUUUCGCGAUACGACGAGCGAUUACUGCACAUAUGUGAGUCUGCCCGCACUUCUAAAGCAGUUCUUGAGACAGACAACUAA